AUGCUCUUUUUCAGCGCGCUGCUGCUGCUAUGCGCCCUGCCCCUCCUGGUGCUAUGCGCUGAAGACUACUACAAGCUCCUCGGCAUCGACAGAGAUGCCUCAGACCGCGAGAUCAAAAAGGCCUACCGCACGCUGAGCAAGAAGUUCCACCCGGACAAGAACCCCGAUGACAAGGACGCCUCGGAGCGCUUCGUCGCCGUGGCCGAAGCGUACGACGCGCUAAUCGACCCGGAGACGCGCAAGAUCUACGACCAGUACGGCCACGACGGGCUAGCGAAGCACAAGCAAGGCGGCGGGCACCCCGGGCACCACCACGACCCCUUCGACCUGUUCUCGCGCUUCUUCGGCGGCAGCGGCCACUUUGGGCACGGCGGCGAGCGCCGCGGCCCCAACACCGAGGUGCGCCUGACCGUGCCGCUGCGCGACUUCUACAACGGCGCAGAGGUGCAGUUCACCAUGGAGCGGCAGGCCAUCUGCGACGCGUGUGAGGGCUCGGGCUCGGCCGACGGCGUCGUCGACACCUGCGACGUCUGCGGCGGCCGCGGCUUCCGCGUCCAGAAGCACAUGCUCGCGCCCGGUAUCUUCCAGCAGGUCCAGGGCCCCUGCGAUGCCUGCGGUGGCAAGGGCAAGCAGGUCCGCCAUGCCUGCAAGGUCUGCGGCGGCUCGCGCGUCGUUCAGGAGCAUGAGACCCACACUGUUCAUGUCGAGCGCGGCAUGCCCAAGGGCGCGCGCAUCACGUUCGAGAACGAGGCCGACGAGAGCCCUGACUGGGUGGCCGGCGACCUUGUUGUGCAGCUCAUUGAGAAGGACCCCCAGCUCGGCGAUGACGACGCCACCCGCACCGACGGCUCUUUCUUCCGCCGCAAGGGCGACGAUCUUUUCUGGCGCGAGGUGCUCAGCUUGCGGGAGGCAUGGAUGGGCGAUUGGACGCGAAACAUCUCGCACCUGGACGGCCACGUCGUGCGGCUGGGCCGCAAGAGGGGGCAGGUUGUGCAGCCGAACGCGGUCGAGAUUGUCAAGGGCGAGGGCAUGCCGAUUUGGGAUCGCGAGUCCGACCAGCUGAAGUUUGGCGCCCUGCACGUCGAGUACGUCGUCGUGCUGCCCGACCAGAUGGACAAGAGCAUGGAAAAGGAAUUCUGGGGCGUGUGGGACAAGUGGCGGAUGAAGAAGGGCGUGGACCUGCUCAAGGACAGUGGCAGACCGAGCCCGCAUGACGAGCUAUAG